AGUCAGAAACAGUGCAAUUUUGUCCAGGUUGUCACUAUUCGGUUAGCUCUGCUCCCAUCCCAACAACACCAAUACCAGCUCAAGAAUAUCCUCUCUCUCCUCUCUCUCUCUCUCUCUGAAAUUUUCAAACACCAAAUUCAAAGUUCGAAAAAUUUCCCUUUGUUUUUCUGGUCGCGCAAGCAAACCCUGAUUUGAAUUCUCCACGCCUUUGAUCCAUGGCUUCUCGUAGGCGCAUGCUUCUGAAGGUCAUUAUCCUCGGCGACAGCGGGGUGGGGAAGACAUCGCUGAUGAAUCAGUAUGUGAAUCGUAAGUUUAGUAAUCAGUACAAGGCCACAAUUGGAGCCGAUUUUCUGACCAAGGAAGUUCAGUUUGAAGAUAGGUUGUUCACGUUGCAGAUUUGGGAUACUGCUGGGCAAGAGAGGUUUCAAAGUCUUGGUGUGGCUUUCUAUCGUGGUGCAGAUUGCUGUGUUCUUGUGUACGAUGUGAAUGUCAUGAAAUCAUUUGAAAAUCUUAACAACUGGAGGGAAGAAUUUCUGAUUCAGGCCAGUCCAUCAGACCCUGAAAACUUUCCAUUUGUUGUGUUGGGGAACAAGAUUGAUGUUGAUGGUGGAAAUAGUCGAGUGGUUUCUGAAAAGAAAGCAAAGGCCUGGUGUGCUUCCAAGGGAAACAUACCAUACUUUGAGACCUCUGCAAAAGAGGGCUUUAAUGUGGAUGAUGCCUUCCAGUGUAUAGCCAAAAAUGCACUGAAGAAUGAACCUGAAGAAGAAAUAUACCUUCCUGACACAAUUGAUGUUGCUGGUGGAGGGAGGCAGCAAAGAUCUACUGGCUGUGAAUGUUAAAAGAGUUGUUGAAUGGGGCUUAUUCUGUGGAUGGCAGAAAGCAAUUAUCGUCAACGAUAUUUGGUGAUUAAGACUCAGUAAUUUUAAAAGUUGAUAAUGUAGGCAAGGUUACAAAAUUUAUAUUUGUAUUAUAAGUGGAUGGGAAGAGUCAUUUGUUUACUUUGUAUUGUUUCUGUUUAUAUUUGAUGGUUGUAUUUCCCCUUCCAUUUGUUUCUUUUGGAAAGAUAAUGGUUAUUUUCAUUUACUAUAGCUCCUUCAAACUCAA